AUGAUUCUCCCGAGCAGCUCUGUCCAGAAGCUCCUCUUUUUGACCAUCGUUGCCAUUGUGGGCAUCAUGCUGGUAAUAUAUCACCGUCUGUGCUGCUUCUCCGGGAUUGUCACCACAGCUGCAGCAUCAAGCGUCUGGCACGACAAUGUCGGUGUGCUCCGCCAUGUCAACCCCAAAAUUGGUACAUAUGGUGUGACUCCCAAUGGCAAUGGCGGGAUGAUUCCCAGCGUCUGUCCGCCCUUUGGUAUGACGAGAUGGACGCCACAGACUCGCGAGAAUUUCAUCAGCCAAUGUCCAUACAAUGAUAUGGAUGGGUAUAUUCAUGGCUUUCAAGCCACCCAUCAGCCUGCAAUUUGGAUGGGCGAGAGUGGUCAGGUAGUGCUGAGUCCAGGAGUGGGGGAAAUCAAGCCUCUCUUUGUCGAUCGGGCUCACAAAUUCAGGAAAGAGGACGAAAUCAGCACGCCGUAUGUGUAUGAAGUUACCAUGAACAGCAGAGCGGUGACUACUAAUCAUAAUCUCACCGAGAGCAUCUACUCUCCCGUCUCAGGCGGCGCACAGCCCGUCCCUGAAGAAGUAUCACAAGGCGCUAAUGGUCGUAUAAGAAGAAGAAAUUCGGACCAGCAGAUCAACUUUGCCCAUAUGUACGCGGAUGAGAGUAUCCCUCCACUGGUACAGGAAAGCUUCAUCAAAGUUGCCAUGACGGCCACUUCACAUGUGGGACGACUGCAAGUGGACUUUGACGGCGAAGAAGAUCCAUACAUUUUCAUCCAAGCUACAAGACAGAACUGGACGGGCCAUAUCGAUAUCGAUCCCGCGGCAAGGGAAGUAUCCGGAAGUAACCCCCAACGACAAGACUAUGCUCUCGGACCUCUCCCAGCGUCCCGCUUCUCGGGAUACUUUGUGUCGAGGUUCUCGGAAUCCUUCAGCGCUUUUGGAGUGACGCAUGGAGGGACAGUCGCUGCGGGAAGUAUCAUCGGCGAAGGGGAGAAUUUAGGAGCAUACGUCCGUUUCCCCAAAACCUGCAAAACGGUCGACGUUCGCACGGGAGUCUCUUUUAUCAGCAUAGAGCAAGCUCGCAAGAAUCUGGACUUGGAAGCUCCUGAAUCCAUCUCAUUCGAUCAGGCUGUUGAAGAUCUCAAGCAAACAUGGCUGGAAAAGCUAGCCCGGAUCAAAAUCGACGGGGUGAAUGCCACCGAUCCCGAGCACGACCCACGCAUUAUCUGGUAUACAGCUCUCUUCCACGCAUUACAAUACCCCUCCGACUUUUCCGAACCCACAUCCACCAACCCCGAAGCCCCUCGGACUUUCUACAGCGGAUACACGGAUAGCGUACACAUUAUGAACGACUCCUAUUAUCAAUCUUGGUCGAUUUGGGAUACCUUUCGCGCAGAACACAGUUUACUCACGCUCUUCGCUCCGGAACGAGUGAAUUCCAUGAUGCGUUCUCUGGUUAGGAUAUAUGAGUGGUCGGGAAGACUUCCCAUGUGGGCGAAUGUAGUGGAAACCAACAUCAUGAUCGGUACACAUGUCGAUGCCGUGCUCGCCAAUGCCUUAUCUCGAAAUUUCACGGAUUUUGAUAUAGGAAAAGCAUGGGAGGGUGUGCGGAAGAAUGCCUUUGUACCACCACUCAACGAUACUGAUCUUCUAUACUAUGAUCGAGAAGGCUAUACGCCGGAUGAAGCACGAGCUGGUUUGACGACUUAUAUGGAUAAGGGUUAUGUGGCUAAUGAUCGAUGGUCUGAAAGCGCCAGUCGUACUCUCGAUUAUGCUUUCGAUGACCACGCAGCUGCCAUUAUCGCUUCCCACGCCGGCGAUCACGAAACAGCGCAACAUCUCCGCGCGCGCAGUAAGAAUUACAAGAAUCUCUAUAAUCCCACCACAGGCUUCAUGGAAGCUAAAAACGACAAUGGCACCUGGGCGGGAGGCAAACAAGGCUGGACAGAAGGUGAUGAAUGGAUCUAUACUUUCAACGUCAUGCAUGAUAUCCCCGGUCUYGCAGCGCUCUUGGGUGGGGAAGCGGGCAUGAAAAUGAAAUUGGACGAGUAUUUCAAUGGGGGACAUAAUGAUCACUCUAAUGAACCCAGUCAUCAUGCCCCGUAUUUGUACGCUAUGAUUGGUUAUCCCGCUGACACGCAGAGGAGAGUGGGCGAGAUUGCUUGGGAGGAGUAUAAUGCUACUUCGGCGGGACUUUCGGGGAAUGAGGAUUUGGGACAGAUGAGUGCUUGGUAUUGUUUUUCUGCUUUGGGGUUUUAUCCGGUGGAUUCCGCGGGGGAGGAGUAUAUUGUUGGAGUGCCGUUUUUUGAGAGGGUGGAGGUGAGGUUUCCUGUGGGGAGGGGAAGGGGGGAGGGGGAGGAAGGGGAGGAACAUACGUUGAUUAUUAGUGCGGUUGGGGCGAGGGAGAAGAGGUUUGUUAAGGGGUUGAGGGUUGAUGGGGUUGUGGUUGAUGGGCCGGUUUUGAGGCAUGGGGAUGUGGUUCGGGCGAGGAGGAUUGAGUUUGAUAUGGCUGCUACGCCGCAGGAAUGGGGUGGGAGGAAGGUGGGUUGA